GGGUCUCUGGGAGCAUCAGUGUCUCUGGGGAGUGUUAUGAUCUCUGGGGGUUUGUGGGGUCUCUGAGGUGUUUUGGGGGAUAUCUGGGAUUGUUGUGGUUCUGUGAGGUUUUGGGAGUCUCCAGGACAUUUUGGAGGGUUCUAGGGGUCUUGGGAGGUCUAGGGAGUGUUGGGGACUCUGGGGGUUUUGGGUGCUCUUUGGGGUUUUGGAGAUCUCUGGGGGAUUUGGGGAGCCUCUGAGGUGUUUUGGGGGUCUCUGAGGAUGCCUGCCUCUCCUGACCCCUCCCCCUGCAGUCUGUGUGCUGUACACGCAGCGCCCUGGCAGCCACCAAUGGCGGGAGGUGAGUGACUUGAUUGGUGGGGGGCAGCCAAUCAGCAUGUUGGGCUGUGCUCAGCUGGCCAAUUGGUAUAUUAGUGUGUACUCAGCCAGCCAAUCAAGAUUUGGGGUUCUAGCUGGCCAACCAAUCAUCAGCAUGCUGGGGCGAUGAACAAUCAGCAUGUCUGUGUGCCAACCAGAUGGCCAAUCAGCAUGUCAGGCGUAAUGGCAGCCAGCCAGCCAAGCAACAUGUAAGAUUCUGGCCUAUCAGCAUGUUGGGGUGAUGGCCAACUGGCCAAUCAAUGUGUUGGGGUACCAACCAGUUGGCCAGUCACCAGUGAGCAAUCAGCAUCUUAGGGUGCAGCACCUGGACACUGAGCAUUCUGGGAUGCAGCAGCCAUCCAAUCAAUGCCUGGGGGCAGAUCGAUCAGCCACCCAGCAUCCUGGGGAUCUGCGGAGCAUGUCGAGGUGCUGGGCAGCCAGCCAGUCAGCUGUCGGCAUGCAGCCAGGCCCCACCCAUCAUAAUUAACAUUGUGUUAAUUACGGGGUAAUGAGCGGGAGGUGGGGCGGCCCCGAAGCACAAAGCGGCACCUGGGCCUUCUCUGCCCCUGCCCACCCCUUUCCCACGCAUGUCCCCACACAUGCCCUGGCCCGGGCCCGCUGCCCACCAUUGCCCCACCUUCUCCACCCACGUGUCCUCAUGUCUCCAAUCUCAUGUUCUCUCAUGUAUCUGUGUCCCCAUGUUGCUAUGUUCCCAUAUCCUCGUGUCCCCAUGUCUCCAGCCCCAUGCCCACAUGUUGUCAUGUCCCUGUGUCUCCAUGUCACUGUGUCGCCAUAUCUGUAUGUCCCUAUGUCCACAAUAUUUUGUCCCACUGCCCUCAUUCCUAUGCCCCCACCCUCAUUCCCAUGCCCCUGUUUUCUGGUGCUGUGUUCACACAUCCCUGUGUUCCCAUGUCCUCAUGUCCCUGUGUCUUUCUUCAUCCCUAUGCUGCCAUGUCUCUGUAUCUCCAUGUCCCCAUAUCCCUGUAUCCCCAUCCCCCUUGCCCAUGUUCCCAUGCCUUUGCUCCCAUGUCUCAUCAUCUCUAUGUCCCCAUGUCCCUGUGUCCAAAUCACCACAUCCCCAUGUCCCUGUCCCUACCCCAUGUUUUCCUGUCACCCCAUCAUCCCUGCUGUCCCCAUAUUCCCCAGUUUGGCCGGACUGAGGUCAUCGACAAGUCCCUGAAUCCUGACUUCCUGCACAAGUUUGUCCUUGAUUAUUGCUUUGAGGAGCGGCAGAACCUCCGCUUUGACCUGUAUGAUGUGGACUCCAAGAGCCCUGACCUCUCCAAGCAUGAUUUCCUGGGCCAGGCAUUCUGCACCCUGGGAGAGAUUGUGGGCUCAGCUGGCAGCCGUCUGGAGAAGCCCCUGACGAUGGGGACAGCCACCAUGCACCCCCGGGGCAGGAGACCUGCCCUGGCUGCCUCUAGUGGUGGCAUUCUAGGGAAGAAGUGCGGCACCAUCAUACUCCUUGCUGAAGAGCUGGGAAACUGCCGGGAUGUGGCCACACUCCAGUUCUGCGCCAACAAGCUGGAUAAGAAAGAUUUCUUUGGAAAAUCUGACCCCUUCAUGGUCUUCUACCGCAGCAAUGAAGACGGGACUUUCACCAUCUGCCACAAGACGGAAGUGGUGCGGAACACACUGAACCCUGUCUGGGCAGCAUUUGCCAUUCCUGUGCGUGCCCUCUGCAAUGGGGACCAUGACCGAGCCAUCAAGGUGGAGGUAUAUGACUGGGACCGUAAUGGCAGCCACGACUUCAUUGGGGAGUUCACCACCAGCUACCGGGAACUGGCACGAGGCCAGAGCCACUUCAAUGUGUAUGAGGUGGUGAACCCCCGGAAGAAGAUGAAGAAAAAGAAGUACCUGAACUCGGGGACAGUGACACUGCUGUCCUUCACUGUGGAGGCCGAGCAUACCUUCCUGGACUACAUCAGGAGCGGGACCCAACUCAACUUCACAGUGGCCAUUGACUUCACGGCAUCCAAUGGGAACCCAUCGCAGCCCACGUCCCUGCACUACCUGAGCCCCUUCCAGCUGAAUGCUUACAGCCUGGCACUGAGGGCCGUGGGGGACAUCAUCCAGGACUAUGACAGCGACAAAAUGUUCCCAGCCCUUGGCUUUGGUGCCAAGAUCCCCCCAGAUGGGCACGUGUCCCACGAGUUCCCACUGAAUGGAGAUGCAUCAAACCCGGCGUGCCACGGCAUUGCGGGGGUGCUGGAGGCAUAUCAGCGCAGCCUGCGCCAUGUCCAGCUCUAUGGCCCCACCAACUUUGCCCCUGUUGUCAACCAUGUUGCCCGCUUGGCGGCCACGGUGCUGGACGGGUCCCAGUACUUUGUCCUCCUCAUCAUCACCGAUGGUGUCAUCUCUGACAUGGCCCAGACCAAGGAGGCCAUCGUCAAUGCUGCCAAAUUGCCUAUGUCCAUCAUCAUCGUGGGGGUUGGCCAGGCCGAGUUCGAUGCCAUGGUGGAACUGGAUGGGGAUGACAUCCGCAUCUCUUCCCGUGGGAAAGUGGCUGAGCGUGAUAUUGUCCAGUUUGUUCCAUUUCGUGACUACAUGACGGGGGGUCCCGGCGCAGGGCUGAGCAUGGCAGGGUUGGCGCGAGAAGUCCUUGCCGAGAUUCCUGACCAGCUCCUCUCUUACAUGAAGGCACGGGGCAUAAAACCAGCGCCCCAUCCCUCCCAUGUCCCCUGAAACCUCCCCACCCUGCCUGCCCAUUCCCAACACACCAUAUCCCUUCAUCCUACCCCAGGACCCUCUAUCCAGGGACCAAAGGCAGCCAUACUCUGUCAGGGACCUGGGACUGGAAGUCCCUCUCCUCCUUCCACAACUUUGGGAUCCCCUCCCCAAUCCGGGUUCCCACCACCACACCCAUAAACCAGCUUUUGGGAUUCCUGGGGGAAUUGGGAUGGUGUUGCCUGAGCAUUCUUGGCCAUGGGACUGCCCCCUGUACCCAUCCAGGAUUGUCCUGCCCCCACAAAAAAGGGGCAGGGGUUCUUCAGCAGCCUGACCAGAAAGCUGGGGUGUGCAGGAGCCUCCACCAAAUGUGGAGUGCCCCCCUAGUGUGAUGCAUGACUCCUCACCUCACCAUCUUCCCCAAAUUCAUGGUUCCCCUGCAUUUCCUGGGCUGAUCGCAGUGGGGUUCCCAGUGGUUUUGGUGUUCCCCCUUGCCGUAUUGCAUGUGUCCAUGUGGGUUUGUAUUGAGUUGCCUUAAAUUGCAAUAAAUUAUUGUGGCUUUGAUUAUA